UUCCAGAACCACGAGAUUCCACUUCACCAGAAGUCUCUCGGCCCUGCCUCUCACUCUUCUUAUAAGCUCAACACAAAACAAAACCAUCUUCACUAAUCUUCAAUUUUCUUCACACCCUUCGAAAAUUACAAUCCUGCCCCUGCGCCAUGGCUGACGAUGCCAAAGCCAAAGGCAACGCCGCCUUCUCCGCCGGCGACUUCAUCGCCGCCGUCUCUCACUUCUCCGACGCCAUCGCCCUCGCUCCGACCAAUCACGUCCUCUACUCGAACCGAUCCGCCGCCUACGCCUCCCUCCAGAGGUACGCCGAGGCCUUGUCUGAUGCCAAGAAGACCGUCGAGCUCAAGCCUGAUUGGUCCAAGGGCUACAGCCGCCUCGGCGCCGCUCACCUCGGCCUUGGCCACUUCGACGACGCCGUUUCCGCCUACAAGAAGGGCCUCGAGAUCGACCCUAACAACGAAGCCCUAAAAUCCGGCUUGGCCGACGCCCAAUCGGAGGCCCGCUCCCGUGCUGUGCCGUCGCCGAAUAAUCUCUUCGGCGACGCUUUCUCCGGCCCCGAGAUGUGGUCCAAGCUCACGUCCGAUCCGACCACGCGGCCCUACCUUCAGCAGCCGGAUUUCGUGAAGAUGAUGCAGGAGAUUCAGCGAAACCCUAAUAAUCUCAAUCUAUAUUUGAAGGAUCAGAGAGUGAUGCAGGCGUUGGGUGUUCUGCUCAACGUGAAGUUCCGUGCUCCGACGCCGGAGGAUGCGGAGAUGCAGGAGUCCUCGACGCCGGAGAGGAAGGCUGAGCCGCCGAAGGAGGAGGAGAAAAAGGCACGGGAGCCGGGAUCGGAGUCAAUGGAACUGAGCGUGGAGGAGAGGGAGAAGAAGGAGAGGAAAUCGCAGGCUUUGAAGGAGAAGGAGGCUGGGAAUGCAGCUUACAAGAAGAAGGAUUUCGACACGGCGAUUCAGCACUACACCAAGGCGAUUGAAUUGGACGACGAAGAUAUUUCUUUCAUCAUGAACCGUGCGGCGACUUAUCUAGAGAUGGGCCAGUAUGAGGAAUGUAUAAAAGACUGUGACAAGGCUGUUGAGAGGGGGCGAGAGCUAAGGUCAGACUAUAAGAUGAUAGCAAAAGCUUUGACUAGGAAAGGAACUGCCUUGGUGAAAUUGGCCAAGAGCUCGAAGGACUAUGAACCCGCCAUUGAAUCCUUCCAAAAAGCUCUGACGGAGCAUCGCAACCCGGAAACACUGAAGAAACUAAACGAUGUUGAGAAAGCCAAAAAGGAGCUUGAGCAACAAGAAUAUUUUGAUCCCAAGUUGGCUGAUGAGGAGCGUGAGAAAGGAAAUGAGUUUUUCAAGCAGCAGAAGUAUCCUGAGGCUGUCAAGCAUUACACUGAAUCAUUGAAAAGGAAUCCCAACGAUCCAAAGGCCUAUAGUAAUAGAGCUGCUUGCUACACGAAACUGGGAGCGCUUCCUGAGGGACUGAAGGAUGCGGAGAAGUGCAUUGAGCUCGACCCGACAUUCUCGAAGGGCUAUACGAGAAAGGGUGCUAUCCAGUUCUUCACGAAGGAAUAUGAGAAAGCUUUGGAGACGUACCAGGAGGGGUUGAAACAUGACCCUCAAAACCAGGAGUUGCUUGAUGGUGUGAGAAGAUGUGUAGAACAAAUUAACAAGGCUAGCCGUGGAGAUUUGAGUCCUGAGGAGUUGAAGGAGAGACAGGCUAAAGGAAUGCAGGACCCGGAAAUUCAGAACAUCCUCUCAGACCCUGUUAUGAGACAGGUAUUGAUUGAUUUCCAGGAAAAUCCAAAGGCUGCACAAGAGCACACAAAGAACCCGAUGGUGAUGACCAAAAUUCAGAAGCUGGUCAGUGCAGGAAUUGUCCAGAUUAGAUGAAAUUUCAAAAGAUGCAAUUCUUAUGGGCCAUGAAGGGAAAAAAGGAUCUUUUGCUUGAUAAAGUUGUACUUUCUCAGUGUGAAUUUUAGUGAUUUUGUCCAAAGCUACUUUCGGUUGAAAUAUUUUGAGUCUUGCUUUCACAUUUAUUGGUGAUUCUAGUUUUAACCGUUUUAAA